UGUUUUUAUUCCUAAAAUAGGAUAGCAUUAAAUUUUCAAGCAGAUUGUGCGCGAAAAGUAAAUUGUUUGUUGUUGUUCUCAGCUUGUAUUUGUUUAGCUGGUUCAGUUUUAAUGUAAACAUAUCAUGUAAACUUUGCAAAGAUACACACAACUAUGAAAACACUCCAAAACAUAUUCUUCAACAAUAAAACCAUGUUCUCAAUCUGUAUCUUUUUAAUUCACUGUGUAUACCAACAUGAUGAUGAAGUUGGUAAUAACUUGCAUUCUGUUAGCUCUUGCUAACAAAGUUUCUGCCAGUUGGGGAUGUUUUAAAGUGACAGGUAUGAUACGAUGUGGCAAGGACGAAUACCAACAAGCUAGAGUCGAGUUGUUUGAUCAUGACGGUCUCCUAAAAGAAGAAAAGAUGGUUCCAGAGUUCGGAUAUGGUAGUGAUGGAUAUGGUCCCAAUCGUCUCAUCAAGUACGGGGAAGCCCUUAUUUCAGAAGGAUGCGCAAAAGAUUAUGGUACAGUUCCUGAUCCAUAUAUGAGGUUAUCGUACUAUAAAUGUAAAGGGCAAACUGGAGAAUUUAAAUUGAAAAUAAAUAAGAAGAAAUGUCGGUAUUUUGUUGGAUCCAAGCCGAAAAAUGACGGUUCUGCAUUCGAGAAGACUGUUCACCAGUACCAAUGUUAUGGUAUGGAAGUUGACUUAGAGACGAAAUCGUUGAAACAAUUGAUAUAAGGUUGAACGCCAUGAAACCUUGUGAAGAAAUAUAAACAAAAGUAGAAUUAAAUAUCGUGUUCUUUCUUUAAGAGGGCUUUUGCGAAGCGAAUUCGCAGUUGAAUUGUAUCUUAACAUGUGCAGUUUGGUUUGUUUUGAUUUGGUUCAAAAAUUCGUUUGGUCAAAAAGUAGAAACAGUGUUCCAACUUUUCAGCGGAGAAAUAUUUCGCUGUAAACUUUUACCUAUUUAGAACGCAAUCUGCAA